AUGGAUUCCUCUCCGGCCGCGUCGGCGUCCUACUGGUGCUACAGCUGCGACCGCUUCGUGCGCGCCGCGGCGUCGCCGGAGGGCGGCGGCGACGUCGCCUGCCCGGACUGCGGCGGCGGGUUCCUCGAGGAGAUGCGCCGGACCCCGCCGGCCCCGGCCUACCUCCGCCGCCCGCGCGCGCACCACGCCAACGACCUCCGCCUCCGCCGCAGCCGCCGUGCCGCCGCGGCCGCCUCCGCCUCUGGAGGAGGUGGCGGGGGCGACCGCGCGCCGUUCAACCCGGUCAUCGUGCUCCGGCGCUCGGCGCUCGGGGCCGCAGCGGGGGACGACAACGGCGACGACGAGGGCCAGCUGGCCGCGGCCAGCAGCUUCGAGCUCUUCUACGACGACGGGGCGGGCUCGGGCCUGCGCCCGCUGCCGGAGAGCAUGUCGGACUUCCUCAUGGGGUCCGGCUUCGAGGCCAGGGAGAUGCCCUGCGCCCACAUCUACCACGAGGACUGCAUCCUCCCCUGGCUGCAGCUCCGCAACUCGUGCCCCGUGUGCCGCCACGAGAUGCCCACCGACAGUGCCGCCGCCGCGCGGUCGCUGGCCGCCAGCGCCGGGGCCGAGGAGGAGACCACCGUUGGCCUCACCAUCUGGAGGCUGCCGGGAGGCGGGUUCGCCGUCGGGAGGUUCGCCGGCGGGAGGAGGCCCGAGGAGAGGGAGCUCCCGGUCGUCUACACGGAGAUGGACGGCGGUUUCAACCACGGCGGCGCGCCGAGGAGGAUCUCGUGGGGGUCGAGGCAGAGCCGGUCGACGGAGAGGAGCGCCAUUCGACGCGUCUUCCGCAAUGUGUUUGCCUGCUUCGGCCGCGGCCAUUCGGCGAGCUCCCACGCUUCGUCCUCGCAAAUGAGGCCCGAGGAGAUGACCGAGGCGUCGGAUCACUCCGCGGCGUUCAGCCACGGCUCGAGAAGCCGGAGCAUGAGCUGGAGGCUCGAAGACGGCCACGCCGCCGACACGAUGGUGCAGAGAUAG